AUGUCGGCCUUUCGAAUAUGUGCCGUUGCCGCGGUUGCUGCUGGUGUCAGUGCAACCCUGGUUCCAACAUCCCAUGCUCCUGUCCAGAAGCAGCAAGUGACGCCCUUUGGAGGAGGCCCAGCUGUGACCACGGCCGCUGCUGCGUAUUCCGGGCUCCUUCACCGCCGGGCUGAUGACACUUGCGGAUUCAUUGACGGAACACGAGGAAGAAUGGCAAUCCUGACCACGCGCACCAAAGGCAUGUCCACGACGCCGCCGGCAACAACACCGCCGCCAAAUCCAACCAGCCCGUCACCAAGCCCGACACCACCCCCGACACCGCCGACCCCCACCGGCGCAAUCGUCGGAGGAGUCGUAGGAGGAAUCGCGGCUUGCGCCUUGCUCGGUAACCUGUUUUACUUUCUCAAACGCCGCCGGAAGCCCGAGGGUUCGGGCUCCGAGCAGGAACUCACCCCAGAAGCACAAGGCGGCAGCAACGACACGUCGCAGGAUUUUGAAUCCAGCAGGGCCAAGUCCGUCAUGGCGAAUCUCAGCACCGGCCCGAAUUCGCCUUCGCCGCCGUCCCAGUACCAGCAAAGCUUUGCGAGAGCGAGUUGGUCGGCGUCGCCGGCGUCGGCACCGGUUUACCCUUCCAGCUAUUUGAAUACGCAGAUUUUGCCUCAGCAGCCUUUUCAGGGGCUGCAAAACUGGUAUCCGGCUGCUCCGCAGGAGAUGGCGAGCACGCAGCCGGAACGGCCUGUGCGGGAGAUGUCGGAGAUGUCGGGGAGCCCUCGUACGUAG